AUGAUCCAACAAAAAUCUAAUCCAUAUGUUCGCGAUGAUACAAUAUUUAUUAAAAUCAUGGUUGAUAUUGGUGAUAUGUCAAAGGCCCCGAUCCAUAUCCAACAAUUAUUGAUUGAAAAAGAAGUAAUGUUAUCACAACAAUCAAUUGAAACUGACUUCGACAAAGAUCAUGUCAAUGGCCAGGAAAGUUCCACAUGAAAACUUCUUUUCUUACUAUCAUCAUCUAUUGUAAUCAAGUCUUUUUUAUUAGUUGGUGCUAAUUUAGACUUUGAUAUGUUCACAUUCUUGAUUUUGUUUGAUACUACUUGCUAUCUUAAGAUGUGUAUAUUUCGAUUUUUUGAUUUAGUAUUAAUGUUUUUAGAUACAAUUACACAUCGAAUGUUGUCCAAUUCUACAUCAUUAUAAUCUUAGAGUGUGGAUAUAUUUUUCAAUUUCAGAUAGAUGCAAAAUAUUUUUUUAAAAAACGAAUUCUUGUUUAUUGACAAUGAAUAGUCGAAAGAUCGAGUGUAGACCUUUUCUACAAAAAUCAUUUGCUUGCAAUCGUAGAGAAAUAAAUUUUAUGGAAUUAAGAAUUUUUUUGCUUUGUCAUCAUUCGUCAUCUACUCGUCUACUGAAUAUUUUAGUGUUUCUAUGUACAGUUCUAUUGUCAAUAGAAUUCAUAUUUUUAAGUGUUGUAAAAAGAAUGGAAAAAAGCAGUCAAACUACACAGAAACUGAACAGGGUGUGGGUGUGGGUGUGUAAAAAAUCUAUCGUACUACACAAGUUCGAUUAGAAAUUGUUACUAUAAAACUUUCGUCAGCUGGAUACUGGGUAUCAAAAAUUUGAGAAAGUUUCCAUCCACUCACAACGUUGCAUCAACACAUCUAAGAACAAGUUUAUGAAUGACACUAAACAUUCUCACUCCUAUUCAUAUAAUUAAUAGAAAAAUAGUACCAAAACAAAAUCUGUCUUAUUCAAAUCAAAGUUUUCAUACACUAUCGUAAGUCGUCCACAAUCGAUAUAUAUUAAUCUAUUUUACAUCAUCAUACAACGUAUUUGAAUUCUAUGAUGCAGCUGUUAAUUAAGUACUUUUAUUUAAUUUCUCGAUCAUAAAAUAAAUAUCGACC